AUGAACUGGAGCAACGGACAGCUUGCCCGCCAUUCACGGAGAAGCUACAACAAAGAUGCGACGAAGCAGAAGCAGUAUUUCGCCCAGGCCAAGCGCCAAAAAGCCACAGAGUCACGCAAGCGGAAGUACAACGCGGAAGAUUUUGUUCCGAGCUAUCUUAAAGACUUACCGGAGAGAUCAGAUGGACCAGUCCAGGAUGCAACGCGGCAUAGGGGAUCAAGACGAAAGAUCUUGACACUACAAAGUGUGCCUGAGACCGUUCAGCAGGUGACGGGUUUUUCAAAAGAUGGCAAACGCUUAGAGAUGGGGACGAGACUGCUUAAUCUUACGGAACAAAAUGACACGAGUAUUGACGCGAUGCGACGCAAGUUAUUACGGCAAAGUGACUGGUCUGGCGUUGAGCUACAAAAACCUGUGAUUAUUCGCUACCCCGAGGCUACCGGAUCAGCGACAAAGAUUCAGCGCCGCAUACCCCAUGAUAAAUUGAAAUCGCCACUUGUCGAGACAUCAAGCAAUCAUAUAUCCACAGAUGCAGUGAUCAAAAUUGCGAGCCAGGAAUACCGCUGGAGCCCGGGUAAUCAUAGCAUCAGGACCUGGCAUUCAAAAGGAAACGUUAAUGGAAUGCCAGAGACACCUGUUGUCAAUCGAGGGUCACUAUACGACAUCUCGUCAUCUGCAUCGAGAAGUUUCAGUAGUUUUGUUCCAGAGUCUCCCUGUGUGGAACGAGUCCUACAGAUUGGAAGAACAAAGACGGGCCAGGAGACGCAGCUACAGAGUGUGUCGCACACGAGCCCGUCCAUAUUUGAUGAAUCUCUGGUCAAGGCUCUUCCUGCGACACAUUAUUUUCAUCCGCAGCCAAUUCGACGCAUGCCUCAAAGCAUCUACACGCGGUUGUCAGGUUCAACAAAGAACGGAGAUGUCGCGUUCGAAGUCCAGCAAUCGAGUCCUCGGCGACUGCAAAGCAAUGCGUCCAGCUUCGUCGCGGUUACGGAAAGCAAGUCUGGAGAGAGUGUCGUACCCGAGACUAUAGAAGGAGACAGCUCAAGCAAGAUAUCCAAUUCGCCACUAGAACGCAGGCAGCCCAGUGCACCCAAUCGCCAGUCGCUUUUCGAGCACAAUCUCGUGCUACCGCCAUGCCGACGUUCACCGCGCGAAUUAACAGAAGCCGUCUAUCAGAUGGAGCAACCCCAACGCUCCGACUCUCUCGCAAGCAGCAUCACCACGCCCGACGUAUACAGGAUAGCCGAGGGAAGUCAUGCGGGCAACCGGCUGUCGGCGCUGCCCUACAGAUGCCCGAAGCCAGCACCCACGAACCUUGGCGACGAGGAUGAGAACAUCAUGUGGAAACGGUUCGUGCUAGGGCCUGGUCACCCUGUCACGGGCGAGGCAGCUGUGCAUUGCAACCCCGACGCCGUGAAUGGCGAGGAAAGCGACAGCCGGAGCAAGCUCGGAGUCAAGACAUCGGCGCUUGAAGCACCGACGCGGAUCGCGAGCAGGCUCGAAAACGCAUCUCCGGUACUGGACACACGGCAGGGUCAAGACCCCACACCGGCGCCGGGUGGGCCAACACCGCCACUGGCCGUCUCCGCGGAGGGUCCGUCUUCUACCAGCAUGAGCUUGUCUAACAAACCCCGGGCGAACAGUGACAAUGAGGGCCCCGUUAAUUUCCGCGAGAAACGGAAUGGGCUUGAAGAAGUGGCCACGAUCCCUGUAACAUUGAAAGACGUAUCGCAGUCUGCAUUUCUGGAGUUGCAGCACAUGGCUUUGAAGCCAGAGUCGACGUUCCACCCGCCCAGCCUGUUUGUGGGCAGGCUGGCGGCCAGCGGCGGUGCUAGCGCUACCGUGGCGGUGGCCAAUGCCAACGUGCCAGAGCAGAGCGGCAUCAUCCCUGCGCCAAAAGCCCCAUCAGCGCGAGUGAUGAGCAGACGACGACGCAAGAGGCGGCGCGAGGCAGGACGACCGGAUAUCAGAGCACUGCCCAACAUACAGGGCGAUCCGAUUGAAUACACGCCAUAA